AUGAAAUUGAAUAUUCAUUGCAGAGUCUAUGAAAUUGAAAGGCAUGUAAAGACACCAGAAAAAUAUCUCUUUCCCAGUUUUGAGACAAUUUGCUGGUAUGCAGCUAAGUAUGUACUUGACAUUUUAAAAGAGUGUGAAGAAGAUGGGAAGAAACCAUCUGACUACAUUAUUGCUGGUGGCAAGGCCCUCUCCCAGCACCUUAAAUCAUGGACCCAGAGGAAAGAUUUGAACAGCCAAUAUAUCUAUGCAAAAACAGCAAAACAUGAUGUUCCUGAGCACAUUCAGUAUGGGAAGCUUUUAAAAGAACUUAUUAAAGUAUCUCGGAAUUUUGAAGUGCAAAAAACUUCUCCAAAGCCUAAAGUGGAACGCAAACGUCGAAAAAAGAACAUUCCUACUGCAAAACAGAUGCAGAGUUUAGACAUUUUGCAUCAACAUACAACAGAAAAGUUACAAGAGUUGCAAAAACAAGAACAUAAAAAUGAAGAACACAAAAAUGUCUAUGCAUUCUCUGAUGAACCCCCAUCUCCACCACCUACCAGUCUUAAGAUGCGUAUUCCUAAGGCAGGAGCAUUUUUUGACAAUAUGUUGAAAACUGCCAAGGAAGAAGAAGAAAAUGUCAACCCUGUGGAUAUUUCCUCUCUCAAAUUGAAAGUCUCCAAUGGUAGGAUUGUAGGUGACAACUCUAAGCCAGAUGUGCUUACGACUGGAAAAUUUCAACCACUGGUUGCAGACUUUGAUGAUGAUAGAGAUAGUGAUCCUGAUCAACUGGUAGUUGAUGAAUCACCUACAGUUCGAAAGAAAAACAAAUCGGGUGAAAGUAAUUCACGUGGAGGUACAGCUAAAGCAGGUUCUUUAAAACUGAAAUUAUCAUUUUCUGGAAAAAAUGCAAAUGAAGAUGGUGAAGCAACAGAUGCACAACUUGGAGGUCCUCCACCACCUAAACAAGCACGGAAAACACCAGCAUCCAAAAAAGAAAAAAAGCCUCCUGCUCCAAAAACCAAAAAUCAAACAGCAAAAACACCGGCUACCAAAAAGACACCUAAGAAAGCCCAACCAAAGUCUCCUAAAGGAAAGGGAAAGCAAGCCAAACCAAUUGCAGCGACCUCAAUUCCAACUUUUGGAGGUGAACUUGUACUUGACAGUCAACUCUGCCAAAAACCUGAUCUGUCACAUUUAAAUAUCAAAGUUCCUGCUGAAAUUCCAAACUGGAUAGGCCAAGAUUCUCUGCUUCUAAAGAUGAAGGAUGAUGAUGAGCCACAGAAGUUGAAAGCAUCUACAUUGCCUGCUCAAACUCUGAUUUCCAAAAAACCAGAUCCUCUUUCCUUGGCUUCAAAACGACCAGACCCAUUGUCUUUAACCCCAUCUAGACCAGACCCUCUUUCUCUUACUCCUGCUAGGCCAGAUCCCCUAUCCUUAUUACUCAAAAAACCUGACCCACUAUCUCUCACUUCAAAACGGACAGAUCCAUUAUCACUCCUAUCAAACAGACCAGAUCCCUUAUCUUUAACUCCAACUCGACCAGACCCACUUUCUCUUCUGAACAAAAGACCAGAACCCCUGUCUGCAGGUGUGGCUAAACCAGAUCCCUUGUCUGAAGCCUUUUCAAAUAACAAGGAACCUUUGACCGCUAAAGACAAGUCUUCUCUCGGCAGUCCCAAAUUGGAGUCUUUGGCUAAAAAGUCUACAGCUGCUGACCAGUCAGUCAAUCAAACGGCCAGUAAACUAAAAAAGCCAGAAGAAGCCAGCGCCAGUCAAGAUUUGAAGACCAAAGUGAGUGGCAAAAAGGAAGAAGAGGCAACCAGUAGCUUGCCAAAAGUGGAUUUUAAGGUGGAUCAGUUGGCUAGCAUUUUAAAGAGUGAAAGCCUUUUGAGCAAGGCUAAACUGGACACUUUAGGAACCAGAAUUAAACCACUUGAAAUGUUACCCGCCAAAAUUAAAGAGGCUGACAACACUUCAACAAAGAUGAAACCUCCUGAAGCACCUGUAUUGAAAGGAAAGAUUUCUGAAGGCAACACAGUUAAGUUAAAACCUCCAGACCUCUUAGGUGGCACCAAAUUGUCAACAGGCUUAAUGCAUGAAUCUAAGAAACCUGAGAUAGUGGCUGCCCUCAGAGCAGAACUGUAUGCCAAACAAGUGGCAAUGCAGGCAAAGAUUGCUGAAGAGGAAGGUGGUGGCAGUGUAACUGCUAGUAAAAAGGAUCUCUCUGUAACAGAGACUGAGCAGUCAAAACGAAUGAUGAUGCCCACUAUUAGGGGUGGGCUCAACUGUGGCAUUGCUGACAUCUUGGAAGCCAGUGGCUAUGGGACAGAAACUGACUUCCAAGUCGAUGAGGAUGUCCGGGCUCCUUCACCUACUAUGCGAGAUGCCAUUCAAGGGAUGUUGUCAAUGAGUCGAAUGGGUAGCCUGCAGUUGUUUUCAGGAACCACAAAACCCCCAGCUGGUGUGGCUAAAGGUGUUAAACAGUGGGAAGCCAGUCAAGCUGAGGAGGAAGAACAGUUGGGUGUUUGUUAUAAAGAUGAGGAAUACAUUUACACAUCUCUUGAUCUAUCAGAUGAUGAAGACCAACACAUCUUUAAACCAAGAGGGAAGCAAAAGAAAGAUGAAACUUGGAAUCCCAAAGCUCGGGUAUCAGUGCCUGGAGAGAAACGUGAACGGAUUGCAAGAGAUUCAGCCAAGCGAGAAUCUAUGGAGAGUACGUUGGCUGCCACAGCUGCCAAAUAUGAGAACUUAUCAUCAAAACCAAAGAAAACAAACCGGAAAAGGUUAAAACUUGAUGAUAUGUCUGAAGAAACUGAAACAAUAUCAGCAGGAGGACAUGCUGCACUCUCCCAUCCUUUAAUAGCAGGAGCACCAGUUGCUUCAAGUAGCAGUUCUGCAACAAAUAUAGCAGGAACAAAUGGAAGCAGCCCAGUAUCAGGGGAGGGUGCAUUAGUCAUUGAUACAUCACCUGUCGCUGGAACCUCAACAGGUGGACCAACAGUGUCUACACCUGGAAUAAGCAGCAGUAAUAAUGGAGGAGUGUUUGCUCAUAAUAGAUUGAUAAAUCAGCCAUUAAGUUGCUCAUCAAAACCCAAGAAACCUAAGAAAGGAUUUGCCACAGCCAAACAGCGCCUUGGAAGAAUUUUAAAGAUCCACAAAAUGCGGUUCUAG